UCAGAUUCUUGGCCAUCGUUCCAUAUACUCUCCGAUCGACGAUAGAAAUAAUCACAUUCACUCAAAUCACAGGUUGUAAGCUUCUGCUGUUUUGCAACAAUGGCGUCUCUUGCAACCUUCGCACCCACCACCGUUAACGGCCUUGCCGGCAGUUCCCUCUCCGGAACCAAGCUUAACCUCAAGCCUUCUCGCCUCAGUCUCAAACCCAAAUCUCAAAGAUCUGGAGCUGUGGUUGCUAAAUACGGAGACAAAAGUGUGUACUUCGAUUUGGAAGAUUUGGGCAACACCACCGGUCAGUGGGAUGUCUACGGUUCCGAUGCUCCUUCACCUUACAACCCCCUCCAGAGCAAGUUCUUCGAGACAUUUGCUGCGCCUUUUACCAAGAGAGGAUUGCUACUCAAGUUCUUGAUUCUUGGAGGUGGUUCCACCCUUGCUUACUUCAGCUCCACCGCUACAGGUGACGUGUUACCCAUCGUCAAGGGCCCACAACUACCACCUAAGCUAGGUCCACGUGGCAAAAUCUAAUCUGAUAAACAUUUUAUAUAGUUAUGUCUUUUAUGUAUCCUUGCCACAACUUGUAAGUACAUGUUUGCUUCCUACUCCAAAACUCCUUUCACUUUUCAAGUAUAUGAUGUGGUAGAAUCAAGCAUGAAUUCGUGUUCAUUACAAAUCUUUUUGUACAAUUGAUUCAUCAGUUUCAACCCCAA